AUGGCGGGGCGCGCGGGGCGCGGGGCCCGGACACCCCCCGCUGCCCGGCCGCCCUUUGUCCCCGCAGGAGGGAAGGCGUUUGGUCUGCUCAAGGCCCAGCAGGAGAGGAGGCUGGCGGAGAUCAACCGGGAGUUCCUCUGUGACCAGAAGUACAGCGAUGAAGAGAACCUACCAGAAAAGCUCGCUGCCUUCAAAGAGAAGUACAUGGAGUUUGAUCUGAACAACGAAGGCGAGAUUGACCUGAUGUCUUUAAAGAGGAUGAUGGAGAAGCUGGGGGUCCCGAAGACUCACCUGGAGAUGAAGAAGAUGAUUUCAGAAGUGACAGGUGGGGUCAGCGACACCAUCUCCUACAGAGACUUUGUGAAUAUGAUGCUGGGCAAAAGGUCAGCUGUCCUGAAACUAGUCAUGAUGUUCGAAGGAAAAGCCAACGAGAACAGCCCUAAGCCAGUAGGGCCACCGCCAGAGAGAGACAUUGCCAGCCUGCCUUGAGGACCUGUGGGCACCGCCCCGGCUCUCAUUCCUGCCCCUCGCUCCUCACUGCCCUUCUUGAUUGGUCUUGUUUGGUUGUUGUGUGUUUGUUUGAUUCAACUCUUUGUAAAGCACAACUUAUCUGCCUUAAAGGGGGGGAAGGGUCUGGGCUGGGACACAGCCUUGGGACCCCUUCCUCACUUCUCCCUG